UCGCUGGCUAUGUCGCAUCUCUCCAUUUUAUGAAAUGUGUGUACAUUCAUUGGCAGACUGGAGAGAGAGAAUCAAAAGCAAGAAAGAGAAAGAUCUUUUUAAGGCCACAAAGAAACUUGUGGCUGUAAUUCUUCGUGGCUUCUGACGUGGCAGCCCCCACUUGCUUUCCGGAUCGACAAACCCCCAAAAACCAACCAAAAAAGAAAGAAAGAAAGAAAAAAGAAUUAACCAUACUCCGACGACACACUCAGUCUCCCCACACAACGUGUCGGAUCUCUCUCUACAAAGUUUGCAGCUUUCUCUCUCUUUGGCGAGACAAAGAAAAAAAACUUUGAAAAAGGGGGAAAAAAUAAAAACCAAAAAGAAAGAGAGAAGUCGCGGACAGAAAUGUCGGAAGCAAAAGACCCGGCGAUCAAACUCUUCGGGAAGACGAUCCCGCUGCCGGAGAUCCAGGCCGGAUCCGUAGUCUCGGCCGGAGUUCCAGCUUCGUCUCCUGGGGAUAUUGUUGAUGAUGGUGUUGAUCACGAUCGUGCUUCUCCCACCAACUCAUCGCGAGAGUCUAAUACGAAGAGGCACGGGGAAGAGCAAGAGACCGAGAAGGACACUUUGGAAGAGAACUCGAAUGAGAAUACGGAGGAUGAGGCCCCCACUCAAUCUACAGAAGAGGUUACAAAUCCAGAUGCAGCCUCAAGGACAGGUGAAGAAUCUAUUACGCCCCCUAGUGAGAAGGAGGCUACUGCAUUGAAGGCUUCAAAAUCUGAAGAAGAACAGAGUGAGACAAGUAAUUCACAAGAAAAGACUUUGAAAAAGCCAGACAAAAUACUGCCUUGCCCCCGCUGCAAUAGCAUGGACACCAAGUUCUGUUACUACAAUAAUUACAAUGUCAACCAACCCCGCCACUUCUGCAAGAACUGCCAGAGAUACUGGACUGCUGGUGGGACUAUGAGGAAUGUGCCUGUGGGUGCUGGUCGUCGAAAGAACAAGAACUCUUCUCAUUAUCGCCAAAUAACUGUUGCUGAAGCACUCCAGACUGCCCGAACAGACAUGCCAAAUGGAGUGCAUCAUCCUAUCUUGAAGCCCAAUGGCACAGUCCUUGCUUUUGGGUCUGAUACGCCUUUGUGUGAGUCAAUGGCAUCUGUCUUGAACCUUGCUGAUAAAACAAUGCAGGACUGCACAAGAAAUGGAUUUCACAGACCCGAAGAACUAAGAAUUCCUGUUCCCUAUGCCAGUGGAGAGAAAGGGGAUGAUCAUUCUAACAUGUCAACACAGCCGAUGGAAGAUACAAGCAUCAACAGGCCACAAGAACAAGUAAUUCAGAACUGUCAGAGCUUCCCACCUCAAGUUCCAUACUAUCCUGGGGCACCGUGGCCUUUCCCAUGGAAUCCAGUGCAGUGGAGCUCUCCAGUACCACCUCCUGCAUUUUGCCCUCCAGGCUUUACCAUGCCAUUCUAUCCUGCAGCUGCAUACUGGGGUUGUGCCGUCUCAGGUGCUUGGAACAUGCCAUGGCUGCCACAACCAUCAUCACCAAACAGUGUGGGCCCUAAUUCUGGCCCUAACUCGCCAACCUUGGGUAAGCAUUCAAGGGAAGAAAACAUGCUCAAGAUAAAUGACUCGGGUGGAGAGGAUGAACGAAGUAAAGAAAACGGCAAAGAGAAGUGCCUUUGGGUUCCGAAAACUUUGAGGAUUGAUGACCCGGGAGAAGCAGCUAAAAGCUCUAUAUGGACAACGCUGGGGAUUAAGAAUGACAAGGCCGAGUCAGUUCAAGAGGGAGGGCUCUUUAGGGCAUUCCCAUCAAAGGGUGAUGGAAAAGAACAUUCAACACAAAACUCGACAGUCUUGCAGGCCAAUCCCGCGGCAUUGUCUAGGUCACUCAACUUUCAUGAGACCUCAUAAACAUUUCGCUAAAAUAUUUGUAAUUUUUUUGGGUGCAGCAAACUCUGAUGGUGUCUGUAUGUUCCUAAGGAAAUUACCAAUCCCGGGCAACAUCUGCUCACUUGCCUUGUUUGGAAGAGUUACUUCCUGUCGUGAGCCAACUGAAGGAGGGCCAAGAACUGGUUCUUCCAGCAUUCGCCUUGAGGAGAAGGAACCUUCCUGUCUUUGCUGUGUUAUUUCUCUUUCUUAAGUGACGGCAUGGCUGUUUUACCCUCUUCCUUUUCAAUGAGAUGGUUUGCUUAGAUUAUGUACAUAAGUUUAUAUGACAUAGUGAUAGAUAGAACCUAGUGAAUUUGUCUACUUAGAUCCCGGAUGUAUAUAAAUAAGAAUGGGAGUUCAAAUUGAACUUCUUGUUCUGGUAUCUUUCUUCCAUAAUGUAAUUCUGUGUUUGGUUGAAUUAGGCAGUCUGCCUCUGGUUUAUAUUGUACAGACUUGACAACCAGAGAAUGAGAAAUUCUUGAAUGCACUCGAGUUUCCAAGCAUGAUUAAGACGACGAGUGUAUUUAAGAAUUUUUGAAAGAUUCCAGGUAGAUGGCAUGGGAGACCUGUGCUGUAGGAUUUGCUUGUAAAUUGCAAUAUAAUUACAAGACAAAAUGGAUUUUGUA